AUGGUGACAAAGAGUAAAGACAAAAGACGAAAUUAUUCGAGAAAGAAAGAGCUAAGUACCAAAGUGAUUCGCUCAAGAAAAACUAAUUCAAAAGCUUAUGAUCCGACAAUAACAGCGGCAUUCAAAAAGUUCGACGAAUCAGUACGAGCAUUACUAAGCGAAAAGGGGCUCAUGAAGCAUUAUGAAUCGAAACUAGCCCAGUAUAAACCGGAGAGAACCACAUCGAUUGCUUGUGAGAACAAUAAGAGCAAAAAUCGUCUAAAGGACGCGGUAGUCUAUGAUCAUAGUCGUGUCAAAUUGGACACUGAUGAGACGAAUAAGAAUGAUUUUAUCAAUGCGAGCAUGGUGACUUUUGAUGAUUUCGAGCGAAAAUAUAUCAUCACACAGUAUCCGUUGCCGACAACGUUGGAAGAUUUCUGGUCGAUGGUGUUCUAUAAGAAUUGUGAGACGAUUUUGUCGAUUUUCAAUCCGGCAGGUGAUCCGGAUCUUGCCGAAAUGGCCAACAAGAAGCCGCCGCCUCUUCCGAAAACGGUGUCGAUGAUGGGCAAUGCCUCGUCGCAAAUGGGCAAAUCGGGCGACGGAGCCGAAUUGUCGAAUCGAGAAAAGAAUUUUGAUAUGGGAAAAAGUCAAAUGGAAAUUGCGACGACGUCAGUUCGUUGUGCUCUUGCCGAAACCACUUCGUAUUUCCCGCUGUUCGAAGGCCAAUAUGUCACGAUUGGCAGAUUUUUUGUUCAUACACGAAAAGUCGAACAACACGAUAAAGUAGGAAAUCCCGAUAUUUACACUGUCGAGCUGUUGCCCGAAGGAUGCUCGGAAUGCAAAUUCGUGCGCGUCGUCAAUUUUCCGCGUUGGGACGCCAAGAAUAUGCCGGCGAAUCCGAAGACGGUGCUCGCAAUCAUCAGAUCAAUCUCGCUGGAUCCACUUCAAAAAGGUCCGGUUGUAAUCCAUUGCGAUAAUGGAAUCAAUCGAUCGGCGACCGUGGUUCUGGCGGACGUCAUCAGUAGCAAAGUGCUGUCCGGCAAGACGGUCGACAUCGACGAUCUGUUCAAACAGUUGCGCAAUCAGAGAGCCGGUGCAAUGAGCUCGGCACAAUAUUUUACCUAUGCUAUUUAUGCCGCCGUCACAUAUGUUUAUUUGCGUGCAAAAGUGAGACAAUUAGUCAGCCCCGAAACGAUUGCCUCCUUGAGGACAUUGGUCAAAGAGCUUGGAAGGGUAAUGAUACUUUUACGACUCGGCACUCUUAUAGUGCUCUUCGCAUUAUUUCCUAGCGAUGAGAGCUUUUAUGUGCCGGGAGUUGCUCCGAUGGAUUUUGAAAUUAACGAUAAAAUCGAUGUCAAGGCAGUUAAACUUACAAGCUCAAGUAAUAUUAUGCCAUUUGAAUAUUAUUCGCUUCCAUUCUGUAAGCCAAAAGAUGGCCAAAUUGUGUACAAAUCAGAAAAUCUUGGGGAAGUAAUGAGAGGCGACCGAAUUGUUAACACACCGUUUGUGUUCUACAUGAAAAAGAACGAAAAAUGUCAUGCGAUUUGCGAAAAUAAUGUAAAGAGAGAGGAUGUUGCUCUUUUGAAAGAGCGAAUUAAACAAGAAUAUAAUGCGCAUUUGCUAAUCGAUAAUCUCCCAGUUGCUACGGAAUUCAUUAAAUCGAACGGAGAUGUUGAAUACGAUCAGGGAUAUCGUCUCGGAUGGGAAAAAGAUGGUAAAGUCUAUCUGAAUAAUCAUCUUCAUUUCACCAUCAAAUAUCAUGAACAUUCCGAAGGAAAAUUCAGAGUUGUCGGAUUUAAAGUUCGAGCUGAGUCAAUUAAAGGAAUCAAAAAUGAUGGAAAUCAAUGCAUUCUUCCUAGUGGCGAAACGGAAUACUUUGAGCUCAAAGAUGGCGAACAAGUCAUUCCAUUCUCAUAUUCUCUUGAUUGGGAGCAGAGCGAUAUUCCAUGGGCGAGUCGAUGGGAUAUCUACCUCGCCACCAAAACCGUCGAUAUUCAUUGGUUCAGCAUUUUGAACUCCAUCGUUGUCGUUUUGUCUCUUUCAGGAUUUCUCAGUGUGACCAUUGUUCGCACUGUUCGCCGAGAUAUUGCUCACUACAAUCGGGACGACGAAGAAGAUGAUACAUUCGAAGAAACUGGAUGGAAAUUGGUGCACGGAGACGUUUUCCGUCCCCCACCACAUCAAAUGAUUCUCGUAAAUAUGGUCGGAACUGGUAUUCAGCUCAUCGGAAUGUGCGCCAUCGUUGUCGUUUGCGCGAUGCUCGGAAUGCUCUCACCAGCUUCUCGCGGCUCCCUUAUGUCCGCUGCAGUGUUUCUUUUCUGCUUUAUGGGAUUGGUCUCUGGAUAUCACGCUGGAAGGCUCUACAAAACGAUGAAAGGUCGUAAUCCGAUCCGAUGCGCUGUCCAAACGGCGACGUUGUUUCCAUCGUUGAUUCUUGGCGCAGGAUUUCUACUCAACUUCUUCCUUAUUGGAAAACACUCAUCUGGAGCUGUUCCAUUCGGAACGAUGGUCGCUCUUCUCGUUAUGUGGUUCUGCAUUGAUAUGCCAUUGAUCUUCCUUGGAUUCUACUUCGGAUACCGCAAGCAGCCGUACACCCAUCCAGUUCGCACCAAUCAAAUCCCACGCCAAGUUCCUGAGCAGCCAUGGUAUCUCAAGCUUAUUCCAUGCUCACUUAUUGCCGGAGUUUUGCCAUUUGGCGCCAUGUUCAUCGAGCUUUUCUUCAUUUUCACUGCGAUUUGGGAGAACCGUUUCUAUUAUCUAUUCGGAUUCCUUUUUAUUGUCAGUGUGAUUUUGGCGAUUUCGACAGCUCAAAUCUCAGUGGUAGCCACCUACUUCUCGCUUUGCUCAGAGAAUUAUCGCUGGUGGUGGAGAUCGUUUGUGAUCAGCGGCGGAUCUGCAUUCUAUGUUAUGGCUUAUGCGGUGUUCUAUUAUAACUCGAAGUUAAACAUUGAAGGAUUUGUACCGACCGUGUUGUACUUUGGAUACAGCUCAUUGAUCGCCAUUACAUUCUUCUUCAUGACCGGAACCAUUGGAUUCUACGCUGCUCAUUAUUUCCUGAUCAAAAUUUACGCUGCCGUUAAAAUUGAUUAA